AAAUCUGUAUCAGCAUACAUUCUGUGCUUUGCAGUAGUGCCGGUUUUGAUCAUUGAGAACUGUACUGAGCCACGCAAACAGUUUUGGUGAUUUCAUCAGUUACUCUAAGCAGGAUCUGUGUGAGAAUGGCCAUGUUCUUCUGUCUCCCAUUUUUCAUAACUGGAUCUCAAAGUAGCUGUAGUUUGGAAGAGAACAGUGAAUAUCCUGCUCAGUUAUGAGAAAUAGUCAUCAACGUAAAACAAUCUGGAAGAAGAUUUCGCUUAAGAAAAUCAAAGAGCACAGAACCCUUUAAUAAAACAGAAGAAAUUUAGCAUCUCGUAAGCUUUUGGCUGUCUGAGUAAUAAAAUGAAUCGUUACACAAUUAUGAAACAACUGGGUGAUGGCACCUAUGGCAGCGUGUUGAUGGGGAAGAGCAAUGAGUCAGGAGAACUUGUGGCUAUCAAAAGAAUGAAAAGAAAGUUCUAUUCAUGGGAUGAAUGUAUGAAUUUGAGAGAAGUCAAGUCUCUGAAGAAGCUAAACCAUGCCAAUGUAAUAAAAUUGAAGGAAGUCAUACGAGAAAAUGACCACCUUUACUUUGUAUUUGAAUACAUGAAGGAAAAUCUCUAUCAGCUGAUGAAGGAUAGAAACAAGUUUUUCCCUGAGUCAGUUAUCAGAAACAUGAUGUAUCAGAUAUUGCAAGGGCUGGCUUUCAUCCACAAACACGGAUUUUUUCAUAGGGAUAUGAAGCCUGAAAACCUUCUCUGUAGUGGACCAGAACUUGUGAAAAUUGCAGAUUUUGGGUUGGCUAGAGAACUAAGAUCUCAGCCACCUUACACAGAUUAUGUUUCUACCAGGUGGUACCGUGCUCCUGAAGUUUUGCUGAGAUCUUCUGUCUAUAGCUCACCUAUUGAUAUAUGGGCAGUUGGCAGCAUAAUGGCUGAGUUAUAUACACUCAGACCUCUAUUUCCAGGCACAAGUGAAGUAGAUGAAAUCUUCAAAAUUUGCCAAGUCCUAGGGACUCCAAAGAGGAGUGACUGGACAGAAGGAUACCACCUUGCUUCUGCCAUGAAUUUCCGUUUCCCACAAUGUGUCCCUAUAAGCCUAAAAACUCUCAUCCCAAAUGCAAGCAAUGAAGCAAUACAGCUUAUGAGUGAUAUGCUGAACUGGAAUCCAAAGAAGAGACCUACAGCAAGUCAGGCUUUGAAGUACCCUUACUUUCAAGUUGGCCAAAUUUUAGGACCUCCUCCACAGUAUCUGGAGAAGCAGACUCCUGUUAAAGCAGUUCAGCCAACAGAGCCAAAGCCAUCUUUACCUAAACUGGAAGCUAAGCCAGAACCUCUGUCUUCACCUGAUUUACCUGACAAAACACAGCCACAGCACUUGCCAAAGGUUAACCACCAGCCUCUCCAGCAAAUUCAGUUGCCUCAGAAUACAGCUAACCAGCAAGUACCCAAGCAGCAGCAGCCACAGGCACAACCACUUUUUCCAAAUAUCAAUAAAAACUCACCGCCUAAACAAGCAGCUAAUGGCCCUCUAAAUGGUGUACUAGGUCCUAAAAACUGCAGAAGACGGUGGGGUCAGACUUUGGUAAAGGCUGUGGAUAGCUGGGAUGAGUUGGAUGACCCUGAAUUUGGAAUGUCAUGUUCAAAGAAGCCUAGCAUUGCACUGUUAAAAGAAAAGAAAAACAAGGAAUUUGUUUUUAGUGUGCCAGAUUCAAAAGCUUCAUGCUGUAUCCAGCCAGGAGGGGGAAACAAGAUUCUGAUGAGAAAUGAUUCUGAAAGAUCAAAUACAUCAGCAAAAGAUUACUAUAUAAACCAAUCAAGAUACCUGCCUGGCGUAAACCCAAAGAGCGUCUCUUUAGCAGCAGCCAAUAAAGAAGGAUCACACGGAACCUGGAGCAACCAGUUGUUUGCUAAAUCACUGGCAAAUGCUGGGGGAGGAUUGACUUACAGCAGGAAUACUACAGAUGAGAACUUAAUUAUACCUAUUGAAAAGCUAUCAUGCAAAGAAAGGUUGAAUGAAAAAUUAGAGGAUCCAAAAGGAAAUCCUGGCUUUGUAAGUAGUGGUGCCUACAACCCAUCAGGACUAUACACCUCUUCCUUCCAUAAAAAAGAAGUUGGAUCAGCUGGACAACGGAUACAGCUAGCACCUCUUGGUACAUCUGUAUCAGCCUACAAUAAAAAGAAAGAGUUCAAUCCACUGCAAUACCAAAAACCUACUUUCAAUGCAGCAGCCAAAAACAUGAGUAUCUUAACUCGCCCCCCAAUUCAGCGAGUACAUGGGAGAACAGACUGGGUGGCCAAAUACGGAGGGAACAGAUAGAAAAUACCAUCCUGUGUGGACAUUACAUGCUCAGUGUUCAGUCCUCCUGCACUUGGAAACCUGAAAAGCCUAUUUGCUCCAGCUUUUCCUAAGACUAUGCAAUAGUAAAGGGAAAAAAAGACCUUGUGUUCUGUAACCUGUAGAGUACAUAUAAUACCAUGCAAAAUACUGGCUGUAAAGUAGGAUGCAAUGAAGUAUUUUGCAACACAUAUUGCCAAAACUGAGAAGUAGAUUUCACCUGAUGUUUUCUAUAGAUAGAUCUCCUAUUCUUG